AUGAUUAAAUCUAUACAUAAAGAGCAGGCUCAUGUUAAUCAGCAUAUUGAGAAGCUUAUGCAUGCUGUUGAGUAUCUUGUUAUAGAGAAGGAGAUUCUGAAGCAUGAGAAUAAUGCUUUGAUUGAAUCUUUGGGGAUUGAAAAGAGACAACACCAGCAUGAUAAGAUAAUGGAUCUUUUUGAUUCUGAGAAGUCAGAAUCUGCUCAAUUCUUUUCUUCUACAAAAGUAGCUCAAAUUAGGGAGAGAAAUGAAGAAUUAGAGAAGUAA